AUGUUGGCAAGCGCUGACCUGGGAAGGCGCAUAGGUAUGCCUUUCUGCUCGGCAUUCGAGGGCCGGGUGGCAUGGGCAGAGGCGGACCUGGAGGGUUUGGCAUGGGCAGUGGCGGGCGACGGCACGGGGGUGGCGAAGUUCAAGCUGCACAUCGUGACAGGCUCGGCGGCUGGAGCCGGCCUUCAGGAGCUGAUGUGCUGCACGCUCACUGAGCUCAACGCGCAGCGUCCCGUGGGUUCGGAGCCUCGCAGCCAGGUCGAGUGGCUUUUCCAGCAGUGGCUCCAGAGGCCCAGGGCCCUUCCGCAAAUGGCCUUCGCGGAGCUUCAGGCGUGGCUCAAAGCCGGCGCCCUUGCGCCAGCAAGGGGCGUGGGGAAAGCGCUGCCUGGCUGGAGCCUCCUGGACCUCGUCCCGAGAGUAUUCGAGGGGAAUGGGGGGCAGGAGCUCGCGGAGGUCAACGCUGGUAGAUUCACCAACCCCGGCACGUCUGCAAGGCGGGGCGAUGGAAUCGAGGGCGCCAGGGUGAGGAUGCAUACGUGGGACAUGGGACGCGCUGUGGCACAGAGUGCUGGGGAGAUGGGCGUGUUCCACCCCUGGAAGAACCCAGGAUUAAGUAUCGUAGUGCGGAAUCUGAGCGGGCCGGCGCUGCGGCUGCGGUUUUCCCUGAGUUACUGCAAGGUCCAGUCUUGGCUACACUUCUACGCCUUCAAGCUGGCUGCGGCUGCAGCGUACCUCCGCAGCCUUCGCCCGCUACCCGAUGGCAGCAGUACUGACGCUUGGGCAGGCGUCGCGGACCUCGCGAGCUCACUCGCGGGGGCCAGGGCAAUGAAGGCGGCGUUGGAACAGCAGCGGGUCGCCAAGAGCUGCCUGAUUACACCCGCCAGAGACCACACGGUCCAGCCAGAAGUGUUCUCCAGCAAGGAGCGCAAGAAGCGGGAGAAGCUGCUGCCGUUGCUGCUCACUCUGGUCGUCGGCGACGCCGGAAAGCCCAGCGCCGUGCACUGCGCUCAGGACUGCAUCGACGCCGCCGAGGACUUCAGCGAAGCCGCCGAGCUCAAUUUCUCGCACUGUCAGAACUUCAGCGAAGCCGCCGUGUUCAAUCUCCUGCGCUGCCAGGACUUCAGCGAAGCCGCCAAGUUCAAUGGCCCGUGCUCUCAGAACAUCAGCGCGGUCGCCGAGUUGAGUGCCAUUGCUCGGCAGAAUAAAAGCGAAGACGCAAGAGCGGGCGAGGCCUGCGCGCUGGGCCCGGCGCCUAGAUCCAUCGCGCGCGAGCCCAGUGGGCUCGCUGGGGACGAGGAGAAGAGCGCGUUGCGGGACAGUGCCCCCUGCGCGCCCCUGGGAGAGGCCGCGGCGGCAGAGCCGCUGGGCCCAGAGUGGUGCGUCUCGCUGGGAUUGCCUGUGCAGGUUGAGGACCCCGUCGCGAAAAAGGCUACGCCAGCGAAGGAGGUCGUUGGGAAGGUGAUCCCCAAGGACGCCAUCGCCGUGCAGGCCCUCUUCGGGAACUCCAGGGAGGCUGGCGUUGGGUCCUGGCCCCUCACAGCGCAGGUGCGCGGCGCCGGCGCGGAGGACGUUCCUGGCGGCAGGGCCAAGAUCGUCGUGGGGGCCGCCGUAGCCUUCCCUUGGCAGCCCCGACGACGAUGA